AAAACUGUAAACAUUGUUUACUUUUCGCUCUCAAUGACAAUUUCCCUUUAAUUGUAACUCAGUUUUGUGAUUCGCUUCUCAUCAAUCAACAAAACGAUGACUUCUCCUGAUGAAGCUAAAGCUAAAUUGCGAAAUUGGCUCAAUCGAACGAUGAAAAUUGAAAUGAGUGAUAAAAGAGUUUUAAUUGGAAUCUUUUUGUGUACCGAUAACCAUAGAAAUGUAAUUCUUGGUUCUUGUCUUGAGUAUCUUAGAUAUAAAGAAUGUGGAGAGAAAGGGGAGCCUCGUAGUUUAGGAUUGGCGAUGGUUCCUGGUCAUCAUAUUGUCUCAAUUCAUGUCGAUUCAUCAACGUGUUUAUCUUGAAUCAUUUUCUAUUCUCAUCAAUGUGAUCAUCUGAUUAAUCUGUUUUUUUAUGAAUCAAUUCAUGAUAAGAUGCAAAUUUGAAACGAAAAUGAUUCCAAUUGUUUCAUUGAUUUUCAUCACAAAUUUUAAGAGCAAUUAAUCAGCUUAGAACAAGAUAAUCGAUUGAACUGAUUAUAUUUCUAUUGAGUUUACCAUUUGAUUUCUCUAAAAUUUUUUACUCUCCAACUAAUUAUUAAUUGUUCAACUUUACUAAUUGUUGUUUUCUUUACACGAAUAAACAAUUUCAAAGUUAA